ACCCAUCAGCACAGUGAGGAAAGAGUCGUCCUCCCAUAUUUGAAGGGUAAUGUCUCUAGUCUCCCGUCAAAACGUUUUCCAUGGUUGAGUAUAGGAAAAAACUCUAAACCAAGAUGGUAAUUUCUUAUACUACUCUUAUCUUUUAACCCGGUUGACGGCCGGGUUUAGUGUUAUUUUUGGUAACCAGGCCCAGGGGUUUUAGAUGUUCAGGCAGAAAAUUUUCUUUACUGUCCUCAAACAAAAACACAAAACCCUAUUAGCUUCCAUUCAAAGUUACAAACUUGCACAGUCCUAGCUCCCUGUGUUGAAUUGAAGAGUUCAGAAACUUGCGGUGUAAAAUUUUCAGUUUCCAGCCCAUCCACGGAGACCUUUGGCGUCAACCCAGUUCCCGUCUAGUUCAGGCCGCGCUGAUUGAGUCCUCGGUACGGAUUUAUGCACGAGAUAAGAAGCUUUGUUUAUGUGAAAAUUGUUCCCAGUUGAGACCGCAUGUACUUUAUGCGCUGAUUGAGUCCCUGAAGAGUUCGCUCACCACGUGUUUGUGAUAAUGCCUGAUAGACCGCAUGUACUUUCUGGCGGGGCUUUCAAAUAAAUUAAUACAUUGUUUAGUAUUGUGUUUACAGUUGUCGAGAGCUCGUCAAUAUACAGUUUAUUUCAUGUGGGUGUCCGCCAUAAAGUUUCAUUCUCACAGGAAAUGCAUAGAGCGCAUUAAGUUCAUACGGGUUUUUUCGAGUGCAGUUGUAUCCAGGUUGAGACCAAUCUCACCGGAAGAAUUAAGUGUUGAUAUUCAUAGUAGAUGCCCAAUUUAUGGUCAAUUUGUUGAGUUAGAUACAAGUAAAGUCGUUGAAACGUUGCGAGGUCUUAGGAGAGAACCCCAUAUUGCACUGUCUUUUGUUGAUCGGUUAAAGAGAAGUGGGGUUAGUCUUGAUGUUUAUUCCUAUGCGGAGAUUGUGAGAAUGUUAUAUUAUUUGGGUUGGUAUAGGCCGUUGGAGUCUAUGUUUUUGGAAAUUAUUAGGAAAGAGAAUAAUAUUGAUUUUGAAGUUGCUGAUUUGUUUGAAGUUCUGGAUGAGGAGGGGCCGGAGUUUUUGGUUAGAGUUUCUAAUGCAAUGGUUAAGGCUUUUGCUAGUGUUGGGAUGUUUGAUGAGAUCAUCGAUGUUAUGUUCCAAAGUAGACGUCGUGGAUUUGCCUGGUCUAUAUUGUCAUGUAACUUUUUAAUAAACCAAAUGAUUGAAUGUGGAAAAGUGAAUAUGGCUUUGGCUGUUUAUCAACAAUUGAAGAUACUGGGGUUGAAUGCAAAUGGAUAUACUUAUGUUCUUGCGAUCAAAGCCCUUUGUAAGAAGGGUAGAUUAGAAGAAGCAGUUGGAAUAUUUGAGGAGAUGGAAAAAGCUGAGGUUACCCCAAGUGAAUUUGCUUAUUCAACAUAUAUUGAAGGACUUUGUAUAAAUGGGAAAUUAGAUUUGGGUUAUCAAUUGCUCCAGGCAUGGGGAGCAGCAAAGAUACCUCUGAGUGCCUUUGCAUACACUGUUGUUAUUCGUGGGCUUUGCAAUGAGAACAAGUUUGAAGAAGCUGAAGGUUUGCUAGUUGACAUGGAAAAACGAGGGGUUGUUCCUGAUGUGUAUGCAUAUAGUGCCUUGAUUUUUCGGUAUUGCAAAGUUGGGAACAUCAUUAAAGCUUUGGCUCUUCAGAGUGAAAUGACAUCAAAGGGUAUUAAAACCAAUUGUAUGAUUGUGAGCUCGAUUUUAAAAUGUUUGUGUCAUAUUGGAUUGACUUCCAAAGCUGUAGAUCAAUUUAAGGAGUACAAAGAUGAGGGUCUCUUCCUUGACAAUGUUUGUUAUGAUAUCAUAGUGGAUGCUUUAUGCCAACUUGGGAGAGUAGAAGAAGCCAUGGAAUUGUUCAAUGAGAUGAAGAGUAAUCGUAUGGUUCCUGAUGUUGUUAACUAUACAAAUAUGAUUGGUGGUUACUGUCUUCAAGGUAAACUCAUCAAUGCUUGGGAAUUAUUUAUGGAAAUGAAGAAGUCUGGGCAUGAGCCUGAUAUUAUAACUUACAACAUUCUUGCUGGUGGGUUUGCUAGAUAUGGCUAUGUACAGGAGUCAGUUGAUCUUUUAGAUUAUAUGAUGACACAAGGUUUGAAACCUAAUACCAGCACAUAUAACAUGAUCAUUAAAGGCCUAUGUAUGGGAGGAAGGGUGAAGGAAGCUGAAGUUUUCAUAGAUGGCUUACAAGAGAAGUGUUUGGAAAAUUAUACUGCCAUGGUCAAUGGUUACUGUGAAGCAAACCAUUUAAAGAAGGCCUUUCGGCUAUUUAUGAGAUUGUCUGAGCAUGGAAUCUUAGUGCGAAAAGAGUUUUGCUAUAAACUGAUAGAUGCAUUUCGUCAGGUUGGAGAAAUGAAAGAGGCACAGAUGAUCUUCGAUGUCUUGAUUAAGAAAGGAUUAACUCCUGAUCUAGUGAUGUAUACAAAGAUGAUACACAGCUAUUGCAAAAUGAAUUGUUUGAGGGAAGCAUGCUGUCUUUUUAAUGAUAUGAAGCAGAGAGGGAUUAAACCUGAUGUUGUAACCUAUACAAUUUUAUUUGACACUCAUUCAAAAUUAAAUCAAAAUCAUUCUUCUUCCUCUAAAAUGGCCUUGCAAAGUAAAGAAGAGGUAGUGGAUGCUUCAGCUUUUUGGAAUGAGAUGGAAGAAAUGGAUAUAAAGCCUGAUGUUGUAUGUUACACAUCUUUGAUAGCAAGGUGCUGCAAGACAAAGAACCUUGAGUAUGCUAGUAGAGUCUUUGGUGAAAUAAUUGACAGAGGACUAGAACCUGAUAUCAUGACAUACACAGUGCUUUUAUGUGCCUAUUUUGCAGCUGGUGAUGUGGAUAAGGCUGUAAAACUCACUAAUGAAAUAUCAGUUAAGGGGAUACCACAAGAUAACUACUUCAUGUCGUCAUUAGAACGUGGUAUAUUAAAGACCAAGAGAUUGUUGUAUUGACAUUAAGCAUCAUGUUGAGUCCCCACAGGCAGCUGAACACAAAAUUGUUAUUGCAUCCUGUUGUUUAAGGUGGAUGCAACCGCAGCCAGAUGACCCAUUGUGUUCAUAAAGACAGACAAGUGCAGAAAUCAAGAAAAUCUGUGGCAGCAUUAUAAUCAUACAGGAGAAUGAAAGUAUGUCAUAUUAAUCUUACUCAAAAGUUGGCCAUUUGAAGGAAGCAAUAGAACGAUAGAGCAAUGAAGGUUUACAGAGACAGACAAAGCAAAAAGAUGCUUAUCCUAACACAUAUGGAAGUAGGGUAGGAUUUUGUAUGCUAUAUUCCAAAGAUAUGACAUUGCCAAGCUGCACUCAAAUUCUUAUAUUGAAGUUGGAGAAGAAAUACAUCCAAAUUCAGAGUAGGAUACCCAUUCAGAACAAAAAUAGACUAUGUUUAUAUACACAUUUGGAGCCUCCCACAAAAAUGGGAGAUAUAGUAAUCAAGGUAAAACAAGGAGGUCUCAUAAAGCUUGAAAAUGCUCUCUAGUUUGAUUGUAGAGUAGAUUAUAUCCUGUAUGAACGAACUGACCAAAAAUAUUCCGUAAGUAUUCAAUUGUUGUGUGAUAGUUUACAGUUAAAAUACCCGAAAUCUGUGUAAUUCUACCCUUUUAUUUUCUCAGAAUUUUAUCGAGAAAAUGUUGGGAGAUAUGUUGUAUGUGUACGUGUUUUUCAACGAAUUGGAGAUGCAUGGUAAUGGAUAUGAUGGUGAAGCUUUAGCAACACUGCAACAGUGCUAAA